AUGUGGCUCUUGCAUGGUGCUGACGAUGUCGUCUUCGCCGGCCAACAGAAGAGCCUCGACAGGAACAUCGUGGUGCGCACCCACGCCCGGAUCUCCUCUCUCACCUUGAAGAACGUGCAGUUCACGUACGCCGGCCAGUAUCUGUGCACCGCCAGCAACUCCAUCGGGCAGGACAACCAGCACAUGCACCUGGAAGUUCGCUCUGUGAGGGUGGAGGCUCACCCCGGAGCCUCGGUCGUCUGGUUCAGAGAGGACCUGCCGCUGCCCAGCGCCAACGCCACCAACAUCAAGAUCUACAACACGCCGACCGGCAGCAGCCUGGAGAUUACUCCUGAUUCCAGUGACUUCGGGAGCUACAACUGCACGGCAGGAAAUGCAAUGGGCACCGAGCACAAGGAAUUCCUUCUGAUCCAAGCAGAGGUGCCUUCAUCGCCAGAGAUCCAGUACGUGGAACCUUUCUCCAGCACAGCGGUGGCCGUGUUCGAGGAGCCCGACUCCACUGGAGGAGUUCCCAUCAUCAAGUACAAGGUGGAAUGGCGUCUGCCCGGCCAGGACUGGACUGGCAGGGAGUAUGAAGCCGACGAGGACACGAGCAGGAUCACCAUCGUUGGCCUGAAACCAGAGACCACCUACGAGGUCAAGAUGUCGGCCAUCAACGGAAAGGGCGAAGGCGAGAGCAGCGAGGCCAAGACCUUCAAGACGGAGCCAGUCCGGGAACCCAGUGCUCCCAUACUAGAGGUCAAGGUCCAGAACAGGGGCAAUUCCCUGAAGGUCAACUGGAUCAAACAGGACGACGGCGGUUUGCCCAUCAAACACUACCUGGUCCGAUACAAGGCUAGACAAGCGUCCGACUGGAAACCCGAGAUCCGCCUCCCUAACGGCAGCGAGUACGUGGUGCUGAGCGGACUGGACUGGAACACAGAGUACGAGGUGCACGUGGUGGCCGAGAACCAGCAGGGCAAGUCCGAGCCCGCCACCCUGGCCUACAGAACCUCCACAGAGCCCACCACCGUCCCAGACGCCAUGGGCAGCGUCUCGGGCCUCGGCACCGGAGCCAUCGUGGGCAUCCUCAUCGUCGUCUUCAUCCUGCUGCUGGUGGGCGUGGACGUCACCUGCUACUUCCUCAACAAGUGCGGACUCCUCAUGUGCAUCGCUGUGAACUUCUGUGGGAAGGCCGGCCCCGGAGCCAAGGCCAAGGACAUCGAGGAGGGCAAGGCCGCGUUCACGAAAGACGAGUCCAAGGAGCCGAUUGUGGAGGUGAGGACGGAGGAAGGAGCCGUCCCCAACCAAGAGGGGGGGGCCCCCACUGAACCCAACGAGACCACGCCUCUGACAGAACCUGAGCCUGCCACUGCUGCCGACACCGCCCCCCCGUUGGCAAACGUCCUCCCCGCCACCGCCACUAACUCGGUAACCGAGAGCUUUAGCACGGCACACAGCAGUCCUGCUAGCGAGAGCACCACGAUAACCACCAGCGCCUCCAGCCCGACCAAAGCCCCCGUUGCCCCGUCCCCUUCCCUUAAAGCUAACCCCCAGCCGGAUGUCGGGCCCCUGGUCGACCUGAGCGACACCCCUAAAGCCCCCCCCUCCUCCGACCCAGCCCCCGCCGCCUCAGAGGCAGUCAGCUCGCCCUCCGCUAACGCCGAUGGCCAACAGAGCCAGAGCGAGUCGGUCAAGGACUCACAGGUAGACGGCCCGAGCAAGGAUUCCCCCAAUGCCCCGGUCACAGACUCCACCACGACAGCUCAACCUGACGGCAAAACUGUGAAGGAUGAUAAUGCCAAAGCCAAGACGGAGGUGAAGAACGCCACAGCGGAGGUGAAGACGGUCCCCAACGAGGCUCCCCAGGCCAACGGCAACGAGAGUAAAGCGUAAUCUCUUCGCUGAGCGCCCCGGGAGGAAUAUGAUGGCUCGGGG